AGUGAGCUGACAGGGAAGGAGCCGGCUCCACCGACCGUCCCGGCCCAGUUAUCCUGGCCUGAGUGAGGUCUCCCCGUGAAGUUAGGAUCGACUUCCAGAAAACAGGCUCCUUCCCUCCCGUCACUCGCCGCCAGCGCCGGGACAGCGGCCGGGAGACGCCUCCGGGGCCGGGCUGGACAUGAGCUGUGGCGGCCGGGACUGGGACUAGGCCCCGCCAUUUUGGAUCCGCUGACAGGUUUGUCAGGAUGGUGGACAAGAAUAUUUACAUCAUUCAAGGAGAAAUUAACGUUGUUGUUGGCGCCAUCAAACGAAAUGCACGAUGGAGCACCCAUAUACCACUGGAUGAAGAACGGGAUCCUCUGCUGCACAGUUUCAGUCAUCUUAAGGAGGUCUUAAACAGCGUAACAGAACUCUCAGAGAUUGAGCCAAAUGUAUUCCUUCGUCCAUUUCUGGAAGUUAUUCGCUCUGAAGAUACCACUGGUCCUAUCACCGGCCUGGCACUCAGCUCUGUCAACAAGUUCCUGUCCUACGCACUCAUAGAUCCAACUCAUGAGGGCACAGCAGAGGGCAUGGAGAACAUGGCAGAUGCUGUCACUCAUGCCCGUUUUGUGGGCACAGAUCCUGCCAGUGAUGAAGUUGUCCUGAUGAAAAUCCUCCAGGUCCUCCGAACUCUGUUGCUAACCCCAGUGGGCACCCACUUAACAAAUGAAUCUGUGUGUGAGAUUAUGCAGUCCUGCUUCCGGAUUUGCUUUGAAAUGAGACUUAGUGAGUUAUUGAGAAAAUCCGCAGAGCACACUCUCGUGGACAUGGUGCAGCUGCUCUUCACAAGGUUACCUCAGUUUAAAGAAGAACCCAAGAGCUAUGUGGGAACCAACAUGAAGAAGCUGAAAAUGAGAGCAGGAGGCAUGAGUGACUCAUCCAAGUGGAAGAAGCAGAAAAGGUCCCCUCGGCCUCCACGUCAUACAACCAAAGUCCUACCAGGUUCAGAGCUGCCUCCAAAUGGAGCCACCUUGUCCUCUAACCUUACUAGUGGCAUGCCUUUCAUCGAUGUACCUUCAUCCAUCUCCUCUGCAAGUUCAGAAGCUGCCUCAGCAGUGGUCAGUCCCUGUACAGACAGUGGCCUGGAAUUAUCCUCCAGACACCUCCAAGGAGACCUCACUGACUUGGAGCAAGCUGGCUCCCCAAGGGAAAGUGCAGCCACAGAGCCUGGGAGCAAUGAGAUAGGAGUUUCCGAUCAGCUUGACCCGCAGGAAGGGGCUCAUGUGGAAAAGGCCCAGUCAGUCGUGGAGUCUAUCCCUGAAGUGUUAGAGGAGUGCACAUCCCCUACUGACCACUCGGCCUCUUCCUCUGUCCACGACAUGGAUUAUGUCAAUCCCCGGGGCGUUCGCUUUACCCAGUCCUCCCAGAAGGAAGGCACAGCUUUGGUUCCCUAUGGUCUUCCCUGCAUCCGUGAGCUCUUUCGUUUCCUUAUCUCCCUCACAAACCCACAUGACCGCCACAACUCAGAAGUUAUGAUCCACAUGGGACUGCAUUUGCUGACGGUGGCUCUGGAGUCAGCCCCUGUAGCCCAGUGCCAGACCCUCCUGGGUCUCAUCAAGGAUGAGAUGUGUCGCCACCUAUUCCAGCUCCUCAGCGUAGAGCGGCUGAACCUGUACGCUGCUUCCCUACGAGUAUGCUUCCUACUCUUUGAGAGCAUGCGCGGAGCACCUCAAAAGUUCCAAUUAGAGGAAGCAAUAUACAACAGUGAAGACUGCCCAGAGGAGGCCUGA